GUAUGAAUGACGGCUAACGUUACGUUUGUCUUUAUUGUGACCUUGUGGAAUAACAAACAUGAAAAAUAGGAAUAUAUAUAAGAUAUGAAAACGUGAGGCUUCGGUGCUGUCAGUGGGACUCCCCCUUCCUUGGAGGUGAAUGUGAUGCAUCGUAACAAGAUGACGCCUGACAUGGAAGCUGUGUCCCCCACCUGCUUGCCGGACUCCCCUGCCGGGACAAGGUGCCAGCAGACGGCAGAGGAGGCGAGCUCUCCAGCCUCUUCAUCCUCUUCCUCCUCGGGGGGCAAUUCAAAGGACAUCUGCCAAGAUGCUGCAUUUGUUCCGACAGUCACCGCAAUUUCCUCUAGCCCAGAUUUCCAAUGGAUGGUGCAGCCUACAAUUAUUACAUCUGUCUCCCCGUCUCCGGGUAGCAAGCAAGCCAAUGAGCCGCAGACCUCUCAAGCGACACCCAAUGAGGGCAGGAAUAAGGAGAAAAAUGCAGCGAGGAAAGCAAAAGCAGAGCAGCUGUCUCCAGAGGAGGAGGAGAAGAAGAGGAUACGGCGUGAGAGGAAUAAAAUGGCUGCAGCCAAGUGUCGCAACAGACGGCGGGAACUCACGGAUAUGCUGCAAGCUGAGACGGACAAGCUGGAGGAGGAAAAAGCAUCCUUGGAGACAGAGAUAGCUAACCUCCUCAAAGAGAAGGAACGCCUGGAAUUUAUCCUCGCUACACAUAAACCCAUGUGCCAAAUUUCCGAGGAGAUGGAGACCAUUUUCCAGGACUCUACUGGAUCCGCAGAAAUCCCUCCCAGUCCAGAAGAAGACAGGCUUCCAGACGACAGCACUCAGGAAGCUCCUUCGCUCCAAGACAUGGACGUUCCGAGUGAUCCGUCUUCAGCCAUCUCCGGGAAUUCCAACAUCCUGUUGUGUGCCAGCGCUGAGAUCAACAUGUCCGACCUGGAGCCCUCGCUGCACAUGAAGGAAGGGCUUCUGGAUAACGUGCUGCCCACUUUGGAAGACAAACCCUCCUCGGAGACCGCCCGAUCCGUUCCCGACAUCGAUCUGAGCAGCUCACUCGGGGUCUCAGACUGGGAGACCCUUUAUAAGUCCGUUUCCAGUGAGCUGGAGCCUCUCAGUACCCCUGUGGUGACCUCCACGCCGACCUGCAGCAGCUACCUGUCUGUGUUCACCUUUGCCUGUCCCGAGCUGGACUUGCUCACGGAGGGACUGGACAGCCAUAAAGGAGGAGGAGGAGGUAAAUCGGAAUCCGUGGACCUCCUCAACUCCCCGACUCUGCUGGCCUUAUAGAAGACGAAGAAAGGUCUGAUCUGUGCCGUUUGCUCUUGAGCAAGAAGGUUUUCAACUUAAGCCACAGUGUGUAUGCUGUCACACGUUGUUGAGGAUACCAACAGAGUGAUGUAGCAUGGCUUUACCUUCACAACAAACAAGCUCUCCAUAUUUGAUGCAUGCCCAUCAUUUUCAAAAGUCCAUUUCUAUACAUAUAUAUCAAUAUAUGAUCUGUUACUAGAUCUAGUAUGUAAUGUGGGAUUUGACGUGGUUGUGCGUUACGUGCUUCGGUGUCAUUAAUGUAUCGAUCGCUAUUAAUGUUGUAUACAUUCACGCUUACCUCAAUGUCAUCGACUGUGGUUUGACCUCGUUGAGAAAGUUUUCCAUGAAAACAUCCAGUGUUCUAUACUAUACAGUAUAUUUAUCAAGAUGUAACUUAUGAUUUAUUUUUAUACCUAUUUGUUAACAGAUGCAACGAUUGAGCAUUGAGUGCUUAUCUAUGCUGCUGAAUAAUAAUGACAAUAAAUCCACACAGAGUUGUG